AUGGAUCGAGCUUAUGAAUUGGGUGCGCCGCCUGGACCUUCGAUUUCAGCUCAUUGUUUCCAAAACCUUCAAACGAUAUAUAUUUCCCGAGGUUCGUUCACAUUACCAAUUUCAUCAUUGUCAGGUUCAUCAAUACUUUUGAAGUUUUGGGACCUGCCAAAUGUGAGAUCUGUCUACACGUCAUCUCUUACGAGUAACAUAAUGGACCAACAGAGGUGGGACAGAAGAAGUCCGGGUGUUUCACUGUCAGAGGCAGAACUAGUCCAGCAUUCUGCCAUUACCGACUUUUCACUUGAUCGCAGUAAUGUACCAGUCUCUAGGGUUUCUCGAAUUGUUUCGACUUUGAAGGAGCUUAUAAGAUUUAGAUGGACAUACGCAUUUCCCUUGACACUAUCAAACUCUGAUAGAAUACUGGAUUUGAGAAGCAAAAACAUCCGGAAGAUACUGGACCUACACAGAGGCAGUUCGAAAGAACUUGAUUUACGAUUUCUAGACGGCACUUCUUACGCACCUCUUCCAAGACAGGACGCGGAAUCAAAUGUAGAGAAACCAUUAUUUCUGGGUAACUUGUCAGGUUUCCAACAAAUGACUUCGCUAACAAUCGAUCCGAUUGUAUUGAGUGGCCGAUCGCCGAGACAACCAAUUGAACACCACAUAGAGGAUUUGCUUCCACAAUCGCUGAUGUAUCUAGGACUAGUAUGUGAACUGCAGCAAAUUAAAAAGUUUUACCCAGGGGCCUACUCUGUUCGAGAGCAGACUUGGUCAGACGAAGUUACAAGUUUUGCAAACACAUUACCCGCAUCGAUGAGAUUUCUCACGGAAGUGGAAUUGAUUGCGCCUAGCCGAGAGAAUUCUCGGAAUAGUUAUACAGAACGGGAUGAGAUAUUGGAGCCUGUCAUGCGACAUUUUCAGGAGAGAGGAGUCGUCUGUUCAAUCACGAAAGUUCUGCCCGAGGAUGGUUUUCCGGAUUUCAGGACUAUUUGUCAAAAUGACUAG